UUUGUGUCGCGCAGCUGAGAGUGGGUGAGAUCAGCAGCGCAGAGGGAAGGAAGCUGGAGAUGAAGCGGAGCUCGUUUCCCGGUUAGAGUCGGGGCUCCGCCGCCCUGCCGAGCGCACCGACACGUCAUGCCCGGGACUGCGUGCGGUUUCUCUGAGCGCUGAUGUGCGUGAGCUUUGUGUGUUUGCGGAGUUUGACAUGCGGGAGACGGUGGUGCUGUUAUUAUUAUCAGGCGCGAGCUCUCCUCUCCAGUUGUGCAGGACAAGAUGGCAGCAGUGCACACUGAUGUACACGCUAUGAGUUAUAAUAUGAGUGUAUAAAAUGUCCGGAGAAACAUUGGAGCUAACCAACUGUUACUCUACGUGAAGGUAUGGCCUCACAAGUCUUGGUCUACCCACCACAUGUUUAUCAAACUCAGACAAGUGCCUUUUGCAGUGUGAAGAAACUCAAAGUCGAACCCAACAACUGUGUUUACCAUGAGAGGGCCUUCCCACUGACUUUUUUGAAUGGUAGAACCCUUGGCAUUGGACAGCCAACGAAAUUUGCACCGACGUACAAGACACGGGACUUUGCAGGGGGCAGACACCGUGGGGACUUCCCUGUGCAGACUGUCGCUGUACAAGGUGUACAACGACAACCAACCAGUGCAGCAGCACAUCACCACGGAAGGGGUGUCCCGUUACAGGGCAAAGAGCCGAAGCAUCUGGAAAAAGGCAGGAGCAGCGGUGGAGCUACAGGGGCAUCUGGAGGGGUCCGGGGCGAGGAAAACGGAAGUAGUGUGGGAGAAGGAGUUGCCGGUGGAGGGACCGACGAGGACAAGGAAGAAGACAACUGUAGUUCUAACUUGGCAGAUGGUUCCCAGCGAUGUGGUUUGAAACGUAAGAGCGAGGAGCUGGAGAACCAGGGAAACGCCAUGCAGAUAGUGGAGGACCUGUCAAUCUUGCCUGCGAUGUUGCAAACGAACGUGGGGAACCCGCCAGUUGGGGUCCCAGCAGCCGUAGCAGCGGGGCCAGUAAAACAAGGAGGUGGAAAUGGCGGUGGGGACGGCGACUACCAGCUGGUGCAACAUGAGGUGCUUUGUUCAAUGAAGAACACCUAUGAGGUGCUGGACUUCCUUGGCCGUGGUACCUUUGGUCAGGUGGUCAAAUGCUGGAAACGAGGCACCAGCGAGGUGGUGGCAGUAAAGAUCCUGAAAAAUCACCCGUCCUACGCGCGGCAGGGCCAGAUUGAGGUAGGCAUCUUGGCCCGUCUGAGUGGCGAGAACGCAGACGAGCAUAACCUGGUGCGGGCUUUCGAGUGCUUCCAGCACCGUAACCAUACCUGCCUUGUGUUCGAGAUGCUUGAGCAGAACCUAUACGAUUUCCUCAAGCAGAACAAAUUCAGCCCGCUGCCUCUAAAGGUGAUACGGCCCAUUCUUCAGCAGGUUGCUACCGCGCUGAAGAAGUUGAAGGCCAUGGGUCUGAUCCACGCCGAUCUGAAGCCUGAGAACAUUAUGCUUGUGGAUCCUGUCCGACAGCCGUACCGGGUGAAAGUCAUAGACUUUGGUUCCGCCAGCCACGUCUCCAAAGCCGUUUGUUCUACGUACCUCCAGUCGCGGUACUACAGGGCUCCGGAGAUCAUCCUAGGCCUGCCGUUCUGUGAAGCCAUAGACAUGUGGUCGUUGGGCUGUGUGAUAGCGGAGCUGUUCCUGGGCUGGCCCUUGUACCCCGGGGCUCUGGAGUACGACCAGAUCCGCUACAUCUCCCAGACGCAGGGUUUACCUACAGAGAACCUGCUCAACCUGGGGACCAAGACCUCUCGCUUCUUCUGCAGAGAGUCCGACUCCCCGUACACGGCAUGGAGACUGAAGUCCACAGAGGAACACGAGGCAGAAACCGGGAUGAAAUCGAAAGAAGCCAGAAAGUAUAUUUUCAGCUGUUUGGAUGAUAUUGCGCAUGUGAAUUUAGUGAUGAAUCUGGAAGGGAGCGACCUGCUGGCUGAGAAGGUGGAUCGUGGAGAGUUUGUGCUGUUGCUGAAGAAGAUGUUGUGGAUCGACGCGGAGAAGAGAAUCGUCCCCGGUGAAGUCCUCAACCAUCCCUUCGUCACCAUGCAGCACCUGCUCGACUUUCCUCACAGCAAUCAUGUGAAGGCGUGUUUCCACAUCAUGGACGUGUGCAGGCCGCGCCCCGGGACCUACGACGGCGUCAACCGGAACAAAGCUUCGUUCACGAGACCGGCCACGACUUCGGCGCCGAACCUCACCAUCCCCUACAGCAAGAUGGCCGCCGUGCACACGCAGCCUCUGGCUCCGACUGCUCCCUCUGUCCUGCAUCCUGCGAUCCCGCUCCAAACAGGAAGUGGUCAGUUCGGGGACUCGUUUCAGCAAACGCUCAUCAUCUGCCCUCCGACCAUACAAGGUCUCCCUCCUAACCCCAACAAGCCGGCGGGUUUCUCGGUUCGAAUGGAGAGCACGGUUCCUCUGGUGACCCAGGCCCCCGCUAUCCAGCCUCUACAGAUCAGACCAGGUGUCAUCACACAGCAAGCCUGGUCCGGUCGGCCGCAGCAGAUCCUGGUCCCGGCCUGGCAGCAGGUGACCCCGGUGGCGUCCGAUUCUGUGGCAGGACCACAGAGGCUGGCAGACUGGGGAAAAGUCCGGCCUCACGGGAACCACUACAGCUCCAUCCUGCCCCACCCCCAACCUCUGUUAGCCAAUCACAUGACGGCCAUGUCGGCGCACCAGCCAAUCAGCAUCGGAAUCGCUCAUGUGGUGUGGCCGCAGCCGGCGUCCAACAAGAGAAACAAACCCUGCCUGAACAGGACUAACUUCUCACACAACAGCAACACACACACCUCGGCGUGCCAUUCCCCGAAGACCACCAACACUCGCAAACGCACCGAGGAAGUCGAGGGUCGUCAAGAUUGUGUGGUGGAGGCAGAGUCACAGGAGGAGGAGGAGGAGCCUGCGUGCUGUAAGGUGGAAGUGGAGGCGGAGUCUAACGGGAUGGGCGUGUCUGAGAAGCAGAGGCAGGCGGUGACGGCCGACACACAGAGUCCAGCAGGCAGUGUGAUCAGCAUCAGCAGUGAUGAAGAGGAUGAUGAAGAGGAGCCGGGAGCGCAGAGGCACUCAGUAGAGUGUAAAGGCAGUACGGAGUGUGAGGCGUGUCUGAGUACGCUGAAUAUGGAGCGUGCGUGUUCCCUCAGCAGUCCCGACUCCAGCCUCAGUACCAGCUCGUCCGCAUCAGUGCAGUCCAGCACCUCACCCUGCAAGAGACCCAACAGCAUGUCUGAGGACGAGCGAGAGAGUGGCUGUGAUACGGUAGACGGCUCUCCUGCCUCGGACUCCUCCGGUCGCGCGGACAGUCCGUUCCUGGAAAGCCGUUACAUCGCUGACGGGAAUCAGAACCGUAAAAGUCACGCGAACGCAGAGACGAAGAUGAGCAAAGCACCUGUACGGACCAUGGUGGUGCCUCCCAUGAGGGUGCAGAAUAACAACAACGAACCGACGGCCGGGACGGGUCACGCGUCUUGGGGUUACGCAGCUAUAAUAGGUGAAAGUCGGCCGUACAGUCCUCGAACCGUCGUGCCAGUCGAAAGGUCGCUUCGGUGCCGUCAGACAGAUGCAUCACUCGACCCCGCUCCUGAACCGACCGCAGAAACUCAUCCCUCCACCCCAGCAGUCACAACCACCACCACCACCUUUCGGGCAGCUCCAGCAUCCCACGUCAGAAUGGAACGGCAACUACAGCCACCGGCGCCCUCAGGCUUUCAUCCCCCCCAUGGUGCAUGGCCAUGCGUUCACCCUCACACAUGGCAGCCCCACCCACUCUACGGCCCAUCCCCCUGCCCCGCCCCUGGGCAUCGUCCACCCACAUGCGCAGCCCGCUUUGCUGUCUUACCCGCCUUCGGGUCCUCUGGUACCGACUGGCCCCAUGUCGCACCUCCUGCCCUCGCCUGGUACUACACGGAGCCACGUGCUCCUUUCCCACCCGGCCAGGCACCUGGUCCACCAGGUGAGUGUGGGUAUCAGUGCCCGCCUCCUUCCCUCGCCCACGCUCCAUCCUCAGGGCCAGUUCAAACCUCUCUUCCCUUCACACUCGUACAUCGCCUCUCCCGCCUACGCAGGCUUCCCCCUCAGCCCCACCAAACUCAGCCAGUACUCCUACAUCUGACGCACGUUCGGUUCAGGCAGCCCGUCUACCCCCGUGUCCCAUCGGGGUAUCUUACGGGAACCACGAAUCAUCUGGUUUUCAUGCCCAAAGCCAUGGCACAAACAAGAACACAAGCUGUUUUUCUGAACCACAUCAACUCGGGUGCAGUUGUACUUUAAAUCGAGCUUUAAAAAAAAAAUAUAUAUAUAUAUAUAUAUAUAUAUAUAUAUAUAUAUAUAUAUAUAUAUAUAUAUAUAUAUAUAUAUAUAUAUAUAUUUAACAGAAUGUUUUUGAAGGUAUAUCGCAAGUUGGCGAAGAACACAAAGAGGAAAAGCAAGUAUGGAUGAAAAAAACAAACAAACAAAGACAAUGUGUUUUUGCACAUUUUCUACAACUUCUUGUCAGAUUUUCAAAUGAAGCACUCCUCCAAACAGGUGAAUAAAAAGGAGGUGCCGGGAGGGGAGGGGGGGUGGAGUGGAGGGGAGGGUAGGGGGUGGUACGAUUUAAGAAAAAAGAAAGAAAGAAAAUGAUGUAAUCGCACACCACCUCCUCCUCCUCCUCCUCCUCCUCCUCUUCCUCUUCCUCGUCCCCUCUCAAAUCUAUUUUUCUAUAUUGCCUUCUGAGUCGUGCGAGACACAUCUCCGUUUGUAAAGCCACCCCAGUAUCCCGCUCACGAACCCCGACCCGCACAUACCGUCCGCGUCGUGAUGUUCCGCCUUUUCAGAGUAUUUAUACUGGUGUGGUUUCGGUGUCGAGUCACUUAAUCGGAUUAGAAAACGUGGUCGUUCCGUCACGCUGCAUGUGUUCCUGCAUGAUCUGCAAACGUCGACGUCGGAUCGGAGAGAUGCCAAUAGAUGUCGCUCUUAACUGUUCCCGUCGUGACACUCGCUGCAUCGUUUCAACACGUCCUCAGCCGUAGUGCCUUAAAUAUUCUGAGGUUGUUCAUGUUACUACUUAUAUAUAAAAUAUAUCUAGAAACGAAUAAAUGUAUCGGACUGCAGCACUUGAAGUUCAGAUCGGUCCGUGCGUUCUGCGUGUGUAUACGCACAGGUGUAUGCUUUCAUACCCGACUCUGGCAUGGAUGUGUCGCAUUGCACAAAAAAAAAAAAAAGACAAACAACAAAAAAAAAAAAAAGUUUUCGAGUCUGAAACGUAGUCGGUUCUUUUUUUUUUUUUUUUUUUUUUUAUUUCCUCCCCCCCACCCCCCCCCCCCCCCCCCCCUCCCUCGAGGACGGCAUGCUUUUGCUGUAGCGAAACGCUAGCGGUUUGCUUAGUUUUUUCCUUUAUUACCUUCUUUGACGAAUGAACUAGUGUACAAAAAGCAAGCAUCGAAUACCGCUUAAUGUUUGAUAAUCGAUUUCUAUUAAGUGGAGGGGAGAAAAAAAAAAAAAUCCGAUAAAAAUGACUAUUUACAGCGUUUGUACUGUUUAACGAAACUGCAAUACAAUCGAAAUAGUCCUUGAUUCUCAGCCGCGCGCACGUGUGUGUGUUUUUCGUUUCCGUUUUUUUUUUCUUUUCCCUCUCGUUUUAUUUUUGGAAUCGCUCGAGUUUUGUAUUCUCGACGUGUAGAACGUGGUGGGCAUGGCUUUGACUAGAUGACGAAAUGCAACUAGGUCUCCGAUUCAUGGUUUGGAUUCAUCUUCGCCUGACAGACCAUGCAGUAUUUGGAAUAUAAUCUAAUAUAUGUACGGUAUAUCUAAUAGAGCUAGUCUAUUUAGUGCUGAAGCUUGACGAGGUGUGACUUUUAUCUUGUGCAAUCUUCUCAUUUAUGCAUGUGUGAAACAGUUUAACGUGUUUUAUUUCUAUAUUAUGUACUUCGUUCAGCGCUUACCGGUGUCGACUGCUUAUUUUAUACAUUCCGUCAGGGAGAUAAUAUGUAUGUAUGUAUGUAUGUAUGUAUGUAUGUAUGCUUUGUGCAGAUUUCUUGAUUUUUUUUUUUUUUUUUGUUGUUGUUGUUGUUUUUCUGGUAAUCGUGCGUGUACUUUUUUUUGUUUUUCUUUUUUUUUUUGGGGUCUUUUUUUCUUUUUAAUAUAAAGUUGCUUGUGCAGCACCAAAGACUGUAAUUCGUUAUUAAUUCGUUCAUUUUCUAAGCAAGGUAGCUACUCUCCCUGCAUAGACCUCAUGUAUACUGUAGUAAUUAUAGUCCUGGGGUAAGUUUUAAGAAUAAACGGAAAUGUAUUUGAAAUACGGCGUAGGUUAGCGUUUUAGGUUUAGCUUUUCUGAGCAAGUAAUAAGACGUAUCAUCUAUCUUGAAUGUAUCCUAGAUAAGCUGCUAUAUUAUUAUUAUUAUUAUUAUUAUUAUUAUUAUUAUUAUUGCCACUUCAGAUAGCUGUGAAAUUAGAUGAUGAUUUUUUUUCUCGGAUCAUAUCUGCGUUUGUAUUUGGGUUGAAUAGUUUUGCUUUAAUGUUUUGGAGUGUAAUCGUAACUACUGUAUUGCUGUUGAUGGAGAUUAGUUUGAGUUUGUUGAUGCUCUGUGGGUCGGUGGUGUUUCGCAUCAGUAUUUUAACUUUCAUUAACUGUUCUUUAUGUAACUUAAGUUGAGGUUUUUUUUUUUUGUUGUUGUUGUUGUUUUUUCUUUUUUUCUUUUCUCUUCUGUUUACUUUUCCGUUAUACAUCGAUCACGGUGAUGGAUUGAAGAACGGAUAUUGUUUUAACGUUCACACAUUCGGUGAAUUGGUUGUGUGAAUUGUUACGGUUGGCCGAAAUGUCAAGGAAAAUGAUUAAUUAUUAAUCAAACCCCCCCCCCCCCUUCCCCAAAAUUCCUUUUUUUUUUUUUUUUUUUUCUUUUUCUCGGGGUUCCAUCUCAUGCUAUUUUAUGCACUUGGAUAGAUCUCUGGGAUUUGUAAUGAAAAUCCAGUGUUUUAUUCAAUUUAUUAUGAUUUUUUUUUUUUUUUUCUACAGCGUUAACACUUUCUAUAAAGCUGAUAUUGUUAAAGA